CUUCUCUAUAAAAUGAGCCUACAGGCUGCAGACAGAUCACAAGCUAAGUGCACACAGACACGACAGCAUCUCCUCUGCCAGGGCACCACAACACCUCUAGGACGUGCUGCUUUUACUUAAGACAGAAGACAUAAUGGCGAUGGUUCCAGAAUUAAAUGAAAUCUCAAUGGAGUACAGUGAACAUGUUGAAGAAUUUUACACUGAUACCUUCCCCGUCCACAAGAAGACCAAUAAGCACUUACAGUGGGAACACUAUGAGGAGUGUCGGUCAACUUACCUUUCUGGAGUAAAGUCUGGGAUAGGAAAACCAGAAAAACCCAUGUCCUCUUUCAGGAAAGCCAUAAUGCUUGUGGUUAUUGUGGAAAAGCUGAAAGGAAAAACAGGAAUCGACAAGCAGAGCUUUUUCAGUGAUGAUGACCUGCUGAAUCACAUCUUUGUAGAGGAAGACAUUACGUACAAAAAAAUUGAAACUGAAGAGGCACCUAAAACUCAGUUUCUAUACAACAAGACGACAGUGCACAUUAUCCGAGACUACAAGCAGAAGUGUUUGGAGUUGCAAAAAUCUCAAGGCAAUGCUCGUCUUGUGGCCUUAUUUUUGCAAGGAGAGAACAUUGCGCAAGAAGCAAAAAUAACAGUGGACACCUACUACACUCCGAAGCCUGAUAUACAGAAACGUCCAGUCACAUUGGGGAUUGCAGGCCGCCAACUCUAUUUAUGCUGCACUGUGGAAGAAGGGAUGAAUGAUCCAGUCCUGUGCCUGAAGGAAGUGGCCAAUAUUAAAGAAAAACGAAACGAUGACUUGUUACCCUUCAUCUUUUACAAGAAAUUAAGCAGCAAUCGGUACAACUCCUUCGAAUCAGCGGCCUUCCCUGGCUUUUAUAUCAGCACCUCUCAGAGAGAGCAUGAGCAAGUGCAACUGAUGCCGGAAAACGAUCAAAUCUUCCUGCGAGAUUUCAUAAUGAAUCCACAUUUUUAAUUUGUGGUCCAGCCAAUUCUAUGUAUGUACUAUGUACAGGGCGAAAUCAUUUGAAUCUGUUCAAAACAUACUUCCGAACACUUCAAGAACAAAACUGUCGGACAGUUGUAAACCAAAAUGGCAGAAAUAUCCAUUUGAAUGGAGAUUUUGCACACACCCCGCCUAGGUGGCUAGGUUUAAGUGUGGUUCAAGAGUCCGAUGAAAAACAGUACUGAUUGCAUGUAUGUAAGAAGCAUCGGAGGUCCUCCACAGAAGUAACA